AUGGCAGCGCCCUGUGACACACUUGACGGUGGAUUUGAGUCAUCGAAAUUGGGCACUAAACAGUAUUGGGAUGGAGCCUACGAGAGAGAAUUGAAAAGUUUUCAAGAAACCGGGGAUGAAGGAGAGGUUUGGUUUGGUUAUGACAGUAUUGAGAGAGUAGCGGACUGGAUAGAAAAAAGUGAUCUGACGCAGAAAGAAAACUCCAUCUUAGAUCUGGGGUGUGGCAAUGGCACACUGCUGAUUGAACUGAGAAAGCGUGGUUUUGUUAAUCUGGUGGGGGUGGAUUACUGUGAGGCGGCCAUUCAGCUGGCCAGGUCUGUCACUGAGGCAGAGGACAUCACCAUUGAAUAUGAGGUUGCUGACGUUCUUGAUGACCUACCAGACACCAGUAGUGCCAGUUUAAGAAGCAGGUACGACAUAGUGGUAGACAAAGGUACAUUUGACGCCAUCAGCCUGAGCCCAGACAACGCCCAGGGAAAGAGGGAAAAAUACACAGUGAAUGUCGGCCACCUGUUGAAGGACACUGGACUCUUCAUUAUCACCUCAUGUAACUGGACCAAGGAGGAGUUACUAAAGCUGUUCGAUACAGCAUUCACUUUGGUUGAUGCCAUUCCAACUCCAGUGUUCAAGUUUGGAGGAAAAACGGGAAAUUCGGUCACCAGCUUGGUAUUCAAGAAGAGGCUGUGAUUAUAUGAUCGAAGCAAAAGCUCAGGGUCACUGCCAUCAUGUUGAAGUCAAUAUCAAAGAACUUAGUGGUGCUUUUCUUCCUGUACUUUGUACAAGGAUUGCC